AUGGCGGCCAGCUUCGGGGAGAAAUUGCUGAGGGAAGUACGCACGGAACGGCUGGAUGAGCUUCUACAUGACCUGAGAAGUCUAUUUCCGAGAAGUCCUGGGGAGAGCACCUCACAGUUGGGCGUCAAGCCGCUGGAUGCCCUCUUGGAGGUGUUCAUGCCUUCCCUCUCUGCUGCUCAGGCUCAGAUUCAACAGGUGGGACGAGAUACAUAUCAAGAGCAGCAGAGUGAACAUGAGGUGCAGUACAUUCAAGCGGAUGAUGAGGACGACCAGAAUGCUUCAGCCGAAGACCGCAGGCUCCCUACGGCAUCUCUCGCAAAGCAAAUCAGCCCGGUUAUAGAGAUCUCCAGCGUAUCUUCAGCAGCCGGCAAGACUCACUUGCUGUAUUAUCUCACUGCGGUUGCCGUCCUACCAUCGACAGUUAACGGGAUUCGAGUCGAUGGUCUGGCCUCAGCCGUCGUCUUUAUUGAUGCAGAUGGCCGUUUUGACGCUGAGCGACUUCGGACUGUUGCCUGUGGCCUCAUAGACAGAAAGCUCAAGGCGCAUUCUGAUACAGGGACCAGAGAGUCACCAGAAUGGCAGACAGCCCAGCCGCUUUUUGCUACUGAAGAGCUGGAAUCCAUUAUCGCGACCUUUCUACAACACGUCCAUGUGUUUCGUCCACAAUCAUCCGCUUCCCUACUCGCGACAUUGGAAAGUCUGCAAGCAUACCUGCUCGACAUUUCGCGCCAUUACUCUUCUCACAGGCCACUGCACGCUAUCUUCAUCGACAGUGCCACUGCCUUCUUCUGGCAAGAUAAACUACGCGACGAUGUCACCCGCACAGAGAACAUUGGGCGCCCUGUCGCCGAGGUCGAGCGCGAGCGAAACCAGAAGCGAAUAUUCUUUUUAUCGGAUUUCUAUGCCGAACUGGUACAAAGCCUGAAGAACCUACAGCGACAUUUUGGCUGUAUAGUCGCCUACACUUGUAACACAUUAAACAGCAGAUCGGUAACCGGCUACCAGAGCCACAACCAGUCAACGCAACAACAUUCUGGCCCUUUCGACCUUUACAACCCUUCGAAUGUGACGGCGGCUAGAAGUAUGCCUUCUUUUCGUUGCCCGUUGCCUGCUCCGUGGGGCACUUUCGCGACGCUACGACUUGUGGUUCGGCACGAUGCGGUGCGUCCGUUUCCGCCGAUGAUGAGCGCUCGUGAUGCGCAGCGGGAUGCAAUCAUGCGACAGAAUGUUGUUUUGGAAGGCAGAUUCCUGGGUUGGGUCAAUGAAUGGGAACGCGAGGAAUGGCCUCGGAGAUUUGUGGACGGAUUGAAGGAGAGAAACGGGGGCGUGUUCUCGUUUCAUGUAGGCAGGGGCGGCGUUGAAUUUACCUGA